AUGAACAAGUACGCCAUGUUUGCUCCCGGAACCGACCGCACCAUCAGCAAGGAGGAAUGGCGCCGCCAGCAGGCGACGCUGAUUAAAGCCAUCGACCCUGAAUUUUCGGGCAGCCUCGUGUGCCCCGUAACUGUCCGAAACUGGCGGAAACUCGAAGCCAGCGCCGCCACGUCAACUGCCGACAACGGGGCGGCAGACCUGUCGGAUUUCAACGGCAUGACGGCUGCUGCUGAUCCGAUGGCGGCGGCGAGUAAACCGACGCCUCCGCCAAGUGCAGAGCGCAUAUCAGCAGGCUACUACGCGCCCUCUGCGUCGUCGUCUACCCCCACCUCUUCCGUCUCCACCUUCACCGAUUCCACCGCGUCUGGCGCGUCAAGCGCGUCGCUUUCCCCCAGCCCGCCUCCCCCGGGUGCGCUCAACGUUCCCCCUUCCCCCAGUGCCGCCACCGCACCCGCCGCCGCGCCCGCUGCCGCGCCCGCCGCCGCACCCGCCGCCCCCGGUAGUACCAACACGUCGGCUGCCAGCUCCCCCGCUAACUCGGGAAAGCUCCCGCGCGCGCGCAUGUCGCUCGCGCAGCAGAUUCGCGAGCAGCAGAUGAACUCGGGCAGAUUUAAACCCCUCGUUUCGGGCAGAUUCCGCGACGGGGCGUCGGACAGUGGGCGGUUUCCCAUGUCGCCCCUGGAACCGAAUUCGGGGCCCAACUCGGGGAAGUUCUCCGCAGUUUCGCCAUCUUCCAGCCAGGGCAACUCGGGCGCGUUCCCCAGCCCCGCGGGGCACUACGCGACGAGAUCGAUGGGCGCGGACGGGGGGACCGGCGCAAGUGGGCCGCUCGCGAUGGCGCAGCCGUCGGCGCUUUGGCGGCAGAACAGCGACGGGCAUCGCAUGGCGGGUGCGACGAUGGAACAGAGUCGCAUGGCGGAACAGAGUCGCAUGGCGGAACAGGGUCGCAUGGCGGGUGGUACGAUUAAUAUGCAGCCGGGCCAGCAGGCUCCGCCGAUGGGUUUCUGCAUGGGCGCGCAGGGCAUGGGCGCGCAGGGCACGGGCGCGCAAGGCAUGGGCGCGCAGGGCAUGGGCGCGCAAAUGAUGGGCGCUCCUGGCGCGACUGUGGGCGUUGUCCCUGCGAUGAGCCCUCCUGCGAUGGGUGGUCCGUCGCAGAGCAAUAAUCUGUCGCCGCGCGAUAUGAUUCUUCUCCGCCCGAAUAAGUGGAGCGGCGCCAACGUUGCGGAUGCCCCCCUCCUCCCAACCUUCGGCUCAUGCGCCCUUUCCGAUACUGCCUCGCAAUGCUCAAGCCACGAUUCGUUCGCCUCGACUCCUCAGCUCUCUCGACCUGUUCCUUCCUUCGCGUCGCGCCCGCCAAACACGGGCAGCUGGGAUGGCAGCAACGCAGAUGACGACGAGGAAAAAGAGCUCGAUUUCUCCUCAGUCCGCUCCGUUUGCCUUAAUUUCGAGGAGGUUUUAGAAACGUGCGAGACGAAGGAGUUCAACCGAGUGCGAAUCGAGACCAUUGAUAUUGUCCCCUUAAUUUCCGGGAUGAAAAGCCCGUUCAUGGCUGCAGCUGCCGCGAACCUUCCCGAGCACGUGCUGUAUGCGCUGACGUUUUCCGGGUCGGAUGAUAUUUACCUGCCCGGAGAUGAGUCCGUUCUGAAACUUUUUCCGAGCCGGUUUCAGACGAGAAAUACGCCAAUCAUGGCGUCGAACGGAAGCUUCUGGGCGACCGCGCGAAUGUUUGUGCCGUCUGCGCUGGAGAGGCCUCGCGAUCGGGACCAACGCGUGUUCGUCGCUUCGCCUGUCGAAUCCGUCGCGCAGCAGAGCGCGGAGCAGAAGGCGAAGGCCCAAGAGUGCAUCAAUGCCGGCGUGCGGGUGGGGUUCUAUAACGCCGCAUGGGCAGCCGCGCUUACGACACCCCCAACAAUCAUAAUCUGCCGAACCAUGCCAUGGGCCAAGAAGAACCUCAACCACACAGCACAGGCUCUUAUCAUCAGCUCAGCCGCCAUUGCCGCGUAUUUCAUAACAUCGGAGCACACUAUAAUGGAGUGCACGCACCGCAAGUCCAUGGAGGCCAUUCAUGCCAAGAGAAAAGCCAAUGCCGAUGCCGAAGCUGCUAGAGCCCAAUAG